AGGGGAAAUAUCCUCUCAGCAAUUACUCUGUCAAGCCCCUUAAGAAUCCUCUAUGUUUUAAUGAGAUCACUUCUCAUUUUUCUAAACGACAAUGAGUAGAGUCCAAAUCAUAGCAUAGUCCUUCCAUACCAGGGAUGAGCCCAGUGAAUCUUCACUGAGCUGCCUCCAAUGAAAUGAUAUCUUUCAUCCCUCAUUCUCCUCUAGAUUAGGGUUAACCCUUACCGUAUCUCUCUGACCCUCAUCCCUUGUUCACCUCCAGGUCCCUUGUACCCUGGCUUCUGGUUCAUUUCUGGCUCUCACUGACCCUGUGUUUUGUUCAUCUGAAAUUGUGGAAUGUGACGAUGUGUGCAGGAUGUAAACUUUGUACUUGUAAACAGGAUGCUGUUCCUGCAGCUUGCAGUGGCUUCACUGGGAUGUGGCAGCAGAACAAGGACCGACAUGAGCGGGAGAGCGAGGUCGUGAUUAUCAUGACAGGCCAUGAGGGGUCAUACUUGUGCACAAAGUGGUCUCUGAACCUGUGCUGCCCAAUGUACAUGAGAUUGUAAGGAGUGAGCAGAGCAAACUAGACAGAAAGAAGUACAAAUAAAUCACUGUUUCAUGUGGGACAAGUAUUUGAGGGCUUGGAGAAUGACGUAGGAAAAAGUAAAGGGGCCAGUGCUACCCUGGGAGAGGGCGAGGUGCAGGAACCAAUGGAGGAGUGGACAAGAAGACGUCAUUGAUUUUGGGGAAUCAUGAUCACAGUUACUGAACAUAGGCAGUCGACCAUUUGUAAACAAUUUUCAGAAUUUUUUUUUUCAAUUUAAGUGACAGCUGUUUAUUUAGAUGCACAAUCCAAAGUACAACCAGUGACAGAUGAGCACAGAUUGCCGAUCCUGGGGCUGUUGUAUAGAAUGGCAGAGCAAGGAGAGCAGUGCUGGAGUGUUUAUCCCUGAUGUUUCACAAUCUUCGGCUGUUGCGAAUGAGUCUGGACUGAAUUUCAUCUCUGUGAAAGGCCCUGAGCUGUUAAACAUGUACGUUGGUGAGAGUGAACGGGCAGUACGACAAGUAUUCCAGCGAGCAAGGAAUUCGGCACCUUGUGUCAUUUUUUUCGAUGAACUGGACUCUCUCUGCCCUCGGAGAUCGGAGCAUGAAUCCGGUGCCAGUGUGCGAGUGGUGAACCAGUUGCUGACAGAGAUGGAUGGGCUGGAGUCCCGGAAGCAGGUCUUUAUCAUGGCAGCCACCAACAGACCAGAUAUUAUUGAUCCUGCUGUCCUGCGGCCUGGGCGACUGGACAAGACGUUAUAUGUUGGAUUGCCGAUGGCCUCAGACCGAUUUGCUAUCUUGCAAACUUUGACAAAGUUUGGGACCCGUCCUCUGUUAGACUCUGAUGUUGAUCUGUCUUCGAUUGCCAGUGACCAGCGCUGUGACAGCUUCUCGUGAGUUCAUUGUGUAUUCACCACGGUUCACCUU